AUGGAAGAAACUCUAUUAGACAAAAAGCACGGAGAGUAUGGGUCCACCACGACUGAAAAAGCACCUGAGGAUGAUGAUGAAAAGGAGUUGGAUCUUGAUGAAGUGUACAAGAUAAUAGGUCGAGGACCUGCUCAAUAUUUGUAUUGGCUUCUAACUGGACUUCUUUCAGUUUCCGACUUGUCGGAAAUAUGUAUAAUUGCAGUUAUAAUCCCGCUCCAAAGAUGUGAGUGGAAGUUGUCACCCGCAUUUGAAGGUGCUGUCAGCAUGUCAGUUUUUAUAUUCUACGCUAUUUUCGCUAUAGUAUUUGGGAAGAUCUCUGAUAAAUUUGGAAGAAAAUUGGUUCUUAAAUGGUCGAUGAUCAUAAUGACUAUAGCCACAAUAACCAGUGCACUUUCUCCAAAUAAAUGGGUCUUCAUAGUUGUUCGGAGUGUCACUGGAGCCUGUAUUGGAACCAACAUAAACUGUAUAAUUUGCUAUGCAACGGAAUUCUCUGAGAGUAAGGACCGCCUGAUUGGGAUGACAAUGUUUAAUAUUGUUGCUGCGUCAUCCUACGCCUUACUGUACUUUAUUGCCUGGUUAAUGUUAAAUAGCAUAGGUUGGCGUUGGUUUAUAAUAGUUAUGUCUUUACCCUUGAUUCCUGCUCUAGCUUUAACAUUCUUACUUCCCGGCUCCCCUCGGUAUUUUCUGGUCAGCGGACAAGAUGAUAAAGUGGUUCAAUCUGUUAGGUUUAUGGCUAAACUUAACAAGAAGCAUCUCCCAUCUGAUUUAAAGUUAUCAUGCUCAAGAAAAGAAGAUCUUGGUUCUUAUUCUGUCAUUUUUGGUCCUCAACAUAAGAGAUCUACGGUAACUCUAUCUGUCCUUUACUUUUGUAGUGUCUUUUUAACGUUUGCUUUCAUCCUUUACCAGCCUCUGAUUAUAAAGAACGGAUGUAGUUCAGCUCCAAGAAACCAAUCAACACGGACUUGUUCCAUACUUACUCAAGAAGAACUGAUCAAACUAGCAAUUAGCACGGCUCCAUUUGCUGUUGGGAAUAUACUGGCUACAGUUUCAGCGGCUUUUCUCGGACGUCGUUUAUCCCUUAGAAUAUCUAGUUUCAUAUUUAUUUUUGUCAUAGCUGCCCUGUUUCUCUGUAUGAACAGCACAGUUACUGUUUUCCUCGUAUCAGCGGCUAACUUCUUCGGGGGUUUCAUUAAUGCACUCCUCUGGAUAAUAUUCCCUGAGACCUUCCCCACAAACAUUCGGACCACUGCCACGGGAUUUAUAAACAGCGCUGGAAAGAUUGGCGGGGUUCUCGGUACUGGCAGUGUUAGUGUCUUCUACUACAUGGAUCCUAAUAUUGUUACUGGACUGCUUUUUACUGCUUCAGUUUUGGGAUUUAUUAUGACUUUGAUAUACAACAGGGAGACGAAAGAUGUUGUGAUGAAAGACACAUAGAACUUUCUUGGUUAUGGACCAACACUAUUCCAGUGGUGAUUAGGAAACAUACCUGACGAAUUUUAUUUUCUCGCAGUUUCCGCCACGGAAAAUUAUCUUUAGUAGUUUAAGCAUUGGUAGAAAUGACAAUAUGGCAACUUAGAGGAAAACAAUAUAUUUACA